UGAACAGAGUGGGCUGCGUGUCGCUGCAGGUCCUGCAUUGUUCACCGCAGAGCUGCUGCACGGUGUGUUUGGGUGUUGCUGUGUAGGAAAAGUAUAAGAAGAAAAUGCCAGUCACACGCUCCAAGAAACUGGCGGCCCAGCCUCCAUCUACCAGGAUGAGUUUGAGGAGCUUCCGCAGCGUCCCGCUGGUUCCCAUGGAGACUUCCUCCUCUUCCUCUGAUGACAGCUGUGAUAGCUUUGGCUCUGAUGGAGGCUUUGCAAACACGAGGGGCAGCUUAAGACAGACGAGGAGGAUGGCAGAGAAACCCCAGGUGUUUGAGGCUACAUUAGAGGAAGAUUCAUGCAUCGGGUUUGAGGAGAAUGUGAUCAGCAGUCAGAUGAAGACCAUGAAAGUAGACUCUGAAUCUCCGAGACGUGGCCGCAGGUCCAACAUCCUCACAGUUGCCAUGACAUUCCCAACCAAGAAGACAGGCAAGAAGAGGCCUGCAUCUGAACCACUCCAUAAAACUAAAGUCCAGGACUCCGACUCUGAGGAAGAGGGGAACGUCAUGGACAAGAGAGCCCUGAAUAUUAAGGAGAACAAAGCAAUGCUUGCAAAGCUCAUGGCAGAGCUGAACAAAGUACCUGGACUCUUCCCAGGACGGAUGGCAAUGUCUGCUUCCACUACGCCUCGACGGGCACCUCGGCGGUCCAUGGGAACUCCAGGAGCUUGUAGGAGAAACCCGCAGCGCUUGUCUCGACCCCACACACGUUCCCGCACACUGGUGGAUGGACCCCCCAGCCCAACCCCUGAGGAGGAGCCUGAGGACAAGUUCAGCCUGGUCCGCAAAAGCCGCUACUAUGAGGAAGAAGAUGAGCCACCUCGUCGCCGUUCCUUCAAUGGUUCCAAGGCCAUCCCUCAUGUAGUGCGGCCCGUGGAGGACGUCACAGAGGCAGAGCUGCAGAGCAUCUGCCACAACGUACGGGAGAAGGUCUACAACAGCUCCACUGGAACCACUUGUCACCAGUGCCGCCAGAAAACAAUUGACACAAAAACCAACUGCCGUAAUCCAGAGUGUGUCGGGGUGAGGGGUCAGUUCUGCGGCCCCUGUCUCCGUAACCGCUACGGAGAGGAGGUCCGCGACGCUCUACUGAACCCGGAGUGGCAGUGCCCACCAUGCAGAGGGAUCUGUAACUGCAGCUUCUGUAGGGCCCGAGAUGGUCGCUGUGCUACAGGAGUGUUGGUUUAUCUGGCUAAAUAUCACGGCUUUGAUAAUGUUCACGCCUACUUGAAAAGCUUGAAAAAGGAGCUAGAAGAGAGCAGCGAGUGAAGUAUGGAGGAAGCAGCUGAUCCUGGACCUGACUGACAUGCUCUCACCAUUUUUUACAUACACACAGUUCAGAUAUUGUUCAGUGUUUUAAGUAUUAUAGCAGUGCUUUUUAUUGUUCCUGUUAUGAUUUUUCACAUAAGUUUUAAACAAUGACUGACAUCUGGAGCAGAUAGUGGUUCUCUCCAGUCUAAAGCUUGCAUGGUUUUUGUUGUCUCGCACAUUUUCCUGUCCGUUCUCAAGAGCUGAACCCUUACAUUAGGACUGGUUAAUUGUAAACUUAAGGUUGUCUCAACCUUAAUUUCUUGAUGGCCGUCUGUGAUCUUAAAUAUUAAGAUGAUUGGUGUACAUAUCCCAUAGCAGGUAUCAAUUUUUUUUUUUAACCCGCCUGUUGCAAAAAAAAUUCAGGCUUCUUUACUGUAUUUUACAUUGUUUUAAAUGUAUAUAUUUUACACAGCACAGUUGGACAUUGGGAUCCAUUUUUGUGGCUUUGCUUUUCUUAUUCCAAUUUAUGCUUGUGUUUUUACAAGUUGCAUGGCCUUUUGUAAGUCUGCUGAAAGUAAAUGAGUAAAUGUAGAAACCCAAAAAGCAAACAAACUGCAUUAGUUGAGAUGUCCUGUAGAAAUGAUCCAAUGAUCUGCAUGCUACUAUGGUGGUGCAGGUGGAAAGGGCAUAGACUGGGGUCCACUGCCUCUCACUUUAACCAGAGAGGAACUGUGUGAUAUACUACAGUGCCUGGUUAAAUAUCCUUCAUUAGAUAACUGUCACUAAUGGUGUGGAAACAAUUAGCACACUCUAAUGGGAAUCUCAUACCUGUAAAUCAUUUUAUCCUGUUAAAGCACAUUCUCGCUCUGCUCCAGUCUCUUUGCCUCAUUUUCUGCCUUACACUGUUAAGUGGGAAUGGUUGAAGGUGCCACUGAAGUGGCAAUAGAGUUAUGGCCUGCAUUUUCUGUUCAGAAGUGUAAUACUCCACACAAAAUGACAUGGAAUUAACCUUUGUGUCGUUCAUCUUUGAAAUGUACUUCAUUCGACCUGCACCAGGACAUUCUGUGAUUAUAUGAUACUAUUUCAAAAUAAUCAACGGUUGAGAUUUCUUCAGUGUAAUGGCAAGUGGAGGUUAUCUUACUGCUGCUUGUAUUUAUCAGGCACUGCACAGUUAAUGGAAACAGUAAUGCGGAACUGAUAAUGGGAAUAUCUGUUAUGAUGCGAUGCUUGCUUUGUGCUCAUUGGCUUUACUGUACAUUUUCAUUAAAGCGUUAAUCACUGCAGAA